AUGCCGUACUCCGAAGUUGACCAAUUGGCCAUCAACACCAUCCGUACCCUUGCGGUCGAUGCCACCUUCAAGGCCAACUCGGGCCACCCCGGUGCCCCUAUGGGCAUGGCCCCCGUUUCCCACGUCCUCUUCAACAAGUUCAUGAACUUCAACCCCAAGAACCCUGACUGGGCUAACCGGGAUCGUUUCGUUCUCUCCAACGGUCACGGCUGCAUGCUCCAAUAUGCUCUUCUCCACCUCUUCGGCUACGAGCUUUCCAUGGAUGACCUGAAGAACUUCCGUCAACUUGACAGCAAGACUCCCGGUCACCCCGAAGCUCACGACACCCCCGGUAUUGAGGUCACCACUGGUCCUCUCGGUCAGGGUUUCGCCAACGCCGUUGGUCUUGCCAUUGCCCAGGCUCAGGCUGCUGGUACAUUCAACAAGCCCGGCUAUGACCUCUUCAACAACUACACCUACUGCUUCUUCGGUGAUGGCUGUGCUAUGGAGGGUGUUGCCAGCGAAGCUGCCUCUAUGGCCGGUCACUUGAAGCUUGGUAACCUCAUUACCAUCUACGAUGACAACGGUAUCUCCAUUGACGGUGACACUAAGUGUGCUUUCACCGAGGAUGUCAUGAAGCGUUACGAGGCCUACGGCUGGCACACCGUCCACGUCAAGGACGGUGACAACGACCUUGAGGCCAUCGAGGCUGCCAUCCGCGAGUGCCAGCAGGUCACUGACAAGCCCUCCGUCAUCAAGCUCACCACCACCAUUGGUUUCGGUUCCAAGCUCCAGGGUACCGGUGGUGUCCACGGUAACCCUCUCAAGGCCGACGACUGCCAGGGUGUCAAGUCGCUCUUCGGGUUCAACCCUGAGGAGAGCUUCGUCGUUCCCCAGCAGGUCUACGACCUCUACCACCAGCACGCCGCCGAGGGUGCUGCCAAGGAGCAGGAGUGGAACCAGCUUCUCCAGAAGUACUCUUCUGAGCACAAGGCCCAGCACGAUGACCUCGUCCGCCGUCUCUCUGGCAAGCUCCCCGAGGGUUGGGAGAAGAGCCUCCCCACCUACCAGCCCAGCGACGCUGCUAUUGCCUCUCGUAAGCUGAGCGAGACUGUCCUCGAGAAGAUCCACGACGUCGUCCCCGAGCUCGUCUCCGGCUCUGCUGAUCUGACUGGCUCCAACAACACCCGCUGGAAGAACGCCGUCGACUUCCAGCCCCCUGAGUACGGUAUUGGUGAGUGGUCCGGCCGCUACCUCCGCUACGGUGUCCGUGAGCACGCCAUGGCUGCCGUCAUGAACGGUCUUGCUGCCUACGGUACCGUCAUCCCCGCCUCCGGUACCUUCCUGAACUUCGUCUCCUACGCCGCCGGUGCCGUCCGUCUCUCCGCUCUCUCUCGCGUCCGUGUCAUCCACGUCGCUACCCACGACUCCAUCGGUCUGGGUGAGGACGGUCCCACUCACCAGCCCAUCGAGACCCUCACCCACUUCCGUGCCCUCCCCAACUGCAUGGUCUGGCGUCCCGCCGACGGCAACGAGACCAGCGCUGCCUACUACAUGGCUCUGACCUCCAAGCACACCCCCUCCAUCCUCGCCCUCACCCGUCAGAACCUGCCCCAGCUGGAGAACUCGACCAUCGAGUCCGCCAUCAAGGGUGCCUACGUCGCCGUCGACGCCCCCAAUGCUGCUGUCACUCUGAUCUCCACCGGUUCCGAGGUCAGCAUCGCCAUCGACGCUGCCACCUCUCUCAAGGAGAAGCACGGUGUCAUUGCCCGUGUCGUCUCUAUUCCUUGCUUCGAGGUCUUUGACGCUCAGCCCAAGGAGUACAAGCUCCAGGUUCUCCCCGACAACAUCCCCGUCCUCUCCAUCGAGGCCGCCUCGACCAUGGGCUGGGAGCGCUACUCGCACGAGCAGUUCGGUCUCAACCGCUUCGGUGCCUCUGCCCCUUACAAGCAGGUGUACGAGAAGUUCGAGUUCACCCCUGAGGGCAUUAGCAAGCGUGCUCUUGCCACCAUUGACUUCUACAAGGGUCACUCUGUGCGCUCGCCUAUCAACCGUGCUUUCCAGCAGAUUCUGUAG